GUACAACCAGCUAUAGGCCUACAUAUAUUAUGAGUUAGACUUAUGUCAGACUUGAAAUGUACACAUUUUACCGUGACAAACUGUUGAACAGUACCACAUUCAUUUAUUUCAAAUCUUAGAAAAAAUAUUGUUUUUAGACCCAAGUUCCCGUCAAAAUAAUUGAUUGUCAUUAAUUAAAAGUGUGUCCAUAAACGUAUCUCAGAUAUCAUUCUUGAAUAUAUUUGUGUCGAAGAUUCAACAUUUCUUGUUAGGUCUUUAUGAAAUGGAGUAUUCCCACUUCUUUGUUGGAAAGACAAACUAGGAUAUCACUGAAUAAAGAGUGCGAUAGAAAUACAGUGAAAACAGAUGAUAAUUUACAAGCUAAUUCUACAGUUGUUGUAGCUGAUUCAAUGGUACAAAAGAAAAAAAAUCUAGUGAAAUGUAUGGAAACAUUGGAUGAUUCUUCGAUGACACUAAAAAAGAAGUCUGAUUCGAAGGAGAACCUAAUUCAGAAAAACACAACUUCUACAUCCAGUAAUGAUUUCGCAUCAAAAGAUCCAAUAUCCACUAUUAUGUCACCAAAGGCUGAACGAUAUGUUCGUAGAUGGUUAACAGAUGCUUCACCAUUAGAGCGCACAACUGCACUGGAAUUGAUAGACAAACUCUACCGUGAGACAAACGAACAAGACCAACUAACUGAUACUCAAUUUCAAAUCGUUAUGAAACGAGCUAAGAACAUUAAUCGGGAUCAAAACAAAACACCACACCCCGUGUUUUCUCAAAGUGAUGGUUCAACGCAUCUCAAGUAUUUAGAUCUACUGACUAAGCAAGAAAGAAGAGAUCAUUGGAUGUAUUGCAGUUGGCACCACUUACCUCCUUACAGAAUAUCAAGUACGGCUAAAUAUGACUACCCUGGGUCACAUUAUUUACAUUUAUUGGAAAGACAACCGAAAGAAUAUGUUAUUCAUCCUGACUUAGGUUAAAGAUAGAGAAAUAAAUACUUAACAUUUUCAAAAGAGAGUUCCAAAGUAGUGGAACAAAUCUGUAAAAAUUUUUUUGUUGGAUAUUAAUGUAUAUACAUAGUAUCAAAUUAAAGACUCACAUUAGAAGUUUAAAAAUGUCUUUCCCAUGGAGAGACCCUAGUCAUAUAUUGUCAUGUAAUUUAAAUACCAAGAAUAUAAAACCAAUUACGUUUA